UUUUUUUCAUAUUUUAUUCUCUACUUCAAUUUUUAUUUUUAUUUAAAAUACCCCCUACCCCUUACUCAUUUUCAACUAAAUAUUUAUAAAACUCCCCCGCAUUCACCCCUCAAAAAGCAUGUUCUCACUCCCUUAGGGCCAUUACUCCUUUCUUCUUUUUUAACUUUCCCAUCUAUUUUGGUGCUUCUUUACUUCUUCCCUAUGCUUGAAUAAUCCUUCCAAUAUUUUUUACUUUUUUUAGCCUUUUUGUUUUUGAAAUAAAAAAAACAAGCAAUAAAAAUAACGACAGGCGUCAAAUAAUAAAAAAAAAAUAAAAACUACCAAAUAAAAUUAACGACAAAAAAUAUAAAAACAAGCACACAAAUGAGCCAGGAACGGAGACGUCUAUCUGACUUACCUUCACUUCAUUAUAAGUCAAGCUAUACAAAUCAAGAUGCUGCCAUUGCUGCUGCAGCAGCGGAGGGUGCUCGAUUGGCAGGUCAGCAAAUUACUCCUCCAAAAAUUGAAUCUACAAGAAGAUUAACAAGUGAAUUUCAGAUAUUUCUCUGCCUACUGGGUGCUCUUUUGAGUGCUUCUGUCAGUAUUUGGAUGGCAAUUUUGAGUAAAGAUAGUUUGGUUAAGAGAGCUUUAAUAUCUUCUGUAGCUGCUUUAUGUGCACUUAUUUUUGCUUUACUUGUUUUGGUUGCCCAUAAAAAGAGAAAAAGAAAAACACCAAUUGAAGAUAUUGAAAUUAGUCAAUCUGUUCUGAGGGAACAGCGAAAGUCUAUGACAAGUUCAAUGCGACAAAAAGGCACAGGAGAGGAAUAUAUGAGACAAAUUCGAAGACAUUCAUCGGUAAUAGCUGUAGAUUCAGCCAGACAACAAUUAUUACAACAACAACAAAGAAAGGAGAAAGCAGUAAAUAGUCCAAGUCCAGCUUUGCUAAGCGUUGAUUCACCUGAAAAUUUACCUAAACGUGCAACUAGUAUUUCACAUUAA